AUGGAAAUCUCCGGCCCCAUUCCGAGGUCCGGAUCCUCUCUCCGACUCAGCAGCGACGAUAGCAACCCUUUCUUGGGUUCUAGUAUAAGUGCUGGAAAAGAUGAUGCUUUAACAACUGACACCGAUUUAGAGGCUUCUUCCUCUACUAAAGUUGCUCCUAGAAAGCACAAAUAUCGUAUGAGCAGCAUCAAAUUGUUUGGGGUAGAUUUAUCCCCUGAUAAUGUUGCUGUUGCGAUGGUCUAUUUUGUGCAAGGUGUUUUAGGACUUGCAAGACUGGCUGUCAACUUUUACUUAAAAGAUGAUUUGCAUUUGGACCCUGCUGAGGCAGCUGUGAUUGCUGGUUUUUCUGCUUUACCGUGGCUUGUCAAGCCUCUAUAUGGGUUUAUUAGUGAUUCUGUUCCCCUCUUUGGUUAUAGAAGAAGGUCAUACCUAGUUUUAUCAGGGCUGUUUGGUGCACUCUCAUGGAGUUUGAUGGCUACUUUUGUUGACAACAAAUAUAGUGCAGCUUUUUGCAUACUUCUUGGAUCUCUCUCUGUUGCCUUCUCGGAUGUUGUUGUAGAUUCAAUGGUUGUGGAGAGGGCACGUGGUGAGUCACAAAGCACCUCAGGAUCUCUUCAAUCAUUAUGUUGGGGUUCUUCGGCCUUUGGUGGAAUUGUGAGCUCGUACUUCAGUGGAUCUUUGCUGGAUACAUAUGGAGUAAGGUUUGUCUUUGGUGUCACAUCAUUGCUUCCAUUGAUAACAUCUAUAGUUGCUGUUCUUGUAGAAGAACAACCAAUGCUCAGUGCAGCGAGGGGGACAAAUCUUCUUCUUUCCGGCACAGAGUUUCUGGAAAAUUCAAAACAGGGCAUUAUUCAGCUGUGGGGUUCUGUGCGACAGCGUAGUAUUUUUCUUCCCACUUUGUUUAUUUUCUUGUGGCAAGCAACUCCGCAGUCUGACUCUGCCAUGUUCUACUUUACCACAAAUUCUCUUGGUUUUACCCCGGAGUUUUUGGGACGUGUCAAGCUUGUUACCUCAAUUGCGUCUCUGCUUGGUGUUGGUCUUUAUAAUGGAUUUCUGAAGAAUGUGCCUUUACGGAAAAUAUUUCUUGCAACUACCCUUUUAGGUUCAGCUCUUGGGAUGACUCAGGUUUUCCUGGUUACUGGACUAAACCGGAAAUUUGGCAUCAGUGAUGAGUGGUUUGCAAUUGGUGAUUCAUUAAUUCUCACUGUUUUGAGUCAGGCUUCUUUCAUGCCCGUUCUUGUGCUAGCAGCAAGAUUAUGUCCUGAAGGAAUGGAGGCAACUCUUUUCGCAACUCUCAUGUCUGUAUCAAAUGGAGGGAGUGUUGUUGGGGGAUUGUUAGGGGCGGGCUUGACUCAACUAUUUGGAAUUACCAAGGACAGAUUUGAUAACUUGGCACCUCUGAUAAUCCUUUGCAAUCUUAGCUCUUUAUUUCCUCUGCCUCUUCUUGGCCUUCUCCCUGGGGACAAUCCUGAUGUAAAUCCGGAGGACGAUUCCGCUAUUGGGAUGAAGUGUCAUUGA